AUGCACAGGGUUUUCACCCUGCUACUCUGCAUCACAGGUUCACUGUGCCAGUUAGAUGUGUGUGGUCGUCCGCCGUUGAAUACGCGUAUUGUUGGGGGGGAGGCCGCCCCUGACGGCGCCUGGCCCUGGCAGGUCAGUAUACAGUCUGUGUCCUACGGCCAUUUCUGCGGCGGCUCCCUCAUUAACACAGACUGGGUCAUGUCUGCUGCACACUGCUUUUCAAGCUCCAGCCCUGCUGGUUUGAGGGUGUAUCUGGGUAAACGAUCUCAGCAGGGGUCAAACCCCCAUCAGACGCUCAGAAGCGUUUCCCAGGUGAUCCGACACCCCUACUAUAGUAGUUACACCAACAACAACGACAUUGCCCUUCUCCGUUUGUCGUCUUCUGUGACCUUUACUGACUACAUCAGACCUGUGUGUCUGGCCGCUCACGACAGUGACUUCCCCUCAGGCACCAGUUCCUGGAUCACAGGCUGGGGGAACAUCGCCUCUGGGGUUAGUCUGCCCUACCCUGAACUCCUACAGGAGGCAGAGGUUCCAGUGGUGAAUAAUAUCCAGUGUUCGUCUAUGUUGGGCUCUGGUGUCAUAAACCAUAAUAUGAUCUGUGCUGGGCUGGUGCAGGGUGGUGUGGACACCUGUCAGGGUGACUCUGGGGGUCCUAUGGUGAGUCAGCAGUGUUCUGUGUGGGUGCAGUCAGGUAUCACCAGUUUUGGGUACGGCUGUGCUAACGCCUACUCCCCUGGCGUGUACACGCGAGUGUCACAGUAUCAGGCCUGGAUAACGCACACUGUCAGAACCAACCUGCCUGGAUUUAUCAGCUUCAACCCUACAACUGCCUGUCUGCCUCGUCCACCUACUCAACCACCACCUCCCAGUCAGACAUCCUUAUCCUGUUUGGGAAGGUGUGGUGAACGCUAUAACAUACGCAAUCGCUGUAACUGCUACUCUGGCUGUCGUAAGAACUGUUGCAGGGAUUUCACCCAGCUGUGCUACAAUUCCACCUCCUGUCAAGGUCGAUGUGGAGAACGGUACAACAUUGGGAACAGCUGUCAGUGCUACUCACUCUGCCGUAAGAACUGCUGCUCUGAUUACGUCCAACUCUGCACCUAA